GCGACCAAGUGCUUGCCAGAUGACACUUGCGCCGACGGAAGUUGUUGCAACGUCCACGGAACGUGUGGCUACGGUCCGGAUAACUGUGGUGUGGGUAACUGCACUGGCUCCACUUGUGGGGCGACUGCAAUGUGUGGUAAAUAUAGCAAAGAUGGCAAAGUCAAGUGUGGCAUGAAUCUAUGCUGCUCUGCAACAGGCUGGUGCGGCACCUCUGAAUUAUAUUGUGUCAACGGUGAUCCUGUCCACAACACACUCCCCUGCCAGGAUGGCUUUGGUUCCUGUGAGGUCAAGAAGGGCCGCACCUGCGGUUUGGGCAGUGGGUCUUCGACGGGACGCACAAUCGGCUAUUACCAAGGAUCCAAUACUCGCGACCGAUGGUGCAACAACAUCUUCCCGAGCGACAUCGUUUCGGACGGAUAUACCCACCUUUACUAUGCUUUCGCAUCGAUCGACCCAACCUCAUACUCCAUAACACCUGCAACUGCAGCCGAUGUCCCGCUUUACACCGAGUUCACUGCUCUGAAGAGUCGCGGCCUGCAGACUUGGAUCGCCGUUGGAGGCUUCGACUUCAGCGACCCAUCGCCCAACCCGACGCACGAAACGUGGAGUAAUGUGUGUUCGAGCUCAACAAAUCGUGCGGCUUUCAUCAAGUCGCUUGUCGAUUUCAUGUCCAAGUACGGCUUCCAAGGUGUUGAUCUGGACUGGGAAUACCCUGUGGCUCCCGAGCGAGGAGGGCACGAGGACGAUACCAAGAACUUCGUGCUCCUCGUACAAGAAAUGCGUGCUGCGUUUGGUACCAAGUACGGUAUUAGCUUGACCUUGGCUCCCGAUUACUGGUAUCUGCGAUAUUUCGACGCCAAAGCUAUGGAGAGCUCGGUGGACUUUUUCGGGUUCAUGGCUUACGACUUACACGGUCCCUGGGACAUCAACCAAAAGACCAUUACUCCAGUCGUUCGUGGUCAAUCGGACAUUCGAGAGAUCGCGAACGACACGCUUCCUCUAUGGUUCGAUGAACUGGAUCCUUCCAAGAUCAACUUUGGAGUCGCCCUUUACGGCAGAGGCUUCACCUUGUCGGACCCCAGUUGCAACACGCUAGGCUGUCCUUUCUCAGGCGCUUCCAAGGCUGGUCCUUGUACUCACCAGGAAGGAGCUAUGGGACUCAGUGAGAUCAAAGACUUGAUUAAGAUGAAGAACCUGACACCACGAUUUCUCCCAGACGCACUGAUGAUGGAAGUGACUUGGGAUGAUCAAUGGAUUGGCUACGACGACGAGAGCACUAUUGCGCGUAAGAAGUCUUGGGCCGACGAUCAAUGCUUUGGUGGUACUAUGGCCUGGAGUGUCGACUUCAACUCAGGCGCAGGAAACGGUCUAACGCCC